AUGAGUACACAAGCCAACCAGACUACUGUUCCAUUGCUCGGACCAGAAAUCCUUUCUAUCGAGUCUAAAAGGGAAAAUGAAUUUGGUUCUUUGACGAGUAAAGAUUAUCUUCACCAAGUUAAAGUAGUCGAAAAACCGUUAGCACCUCCUGUCAUCGACACGCCUCCAUAUUAUAUCCUAUUGAUAACGUAUCUUAACUAUUUAAUCCUGAUCAUUCUUGGUCAUAUUCGUGACUUUCUGGGUACUACGUUCCAAAAAAAGAAGCAUGCUGUCUUUUUAGAACAAGAUGGUCUAGCUCCAUGGUAUUCUAAGUUCGAGAGUUUUUACAUUAGAAGACUCAAGAUGAGAAUUGAUGACUGUUUCUCAAGACCUACUACGGGUGUUCCUGGUAGAUUCAUACGCUGCAUCGACAGAAUUUCUCACAAUUUAAAUGAAUAUUACACUUAUCCAGGCACGGAUUCAAUGUGUUUGAACUUGUCUGCCUAUAACUAUCUAGGUUUUGCUCAAAGUGAAGGUAAAUGCACAGACGCAGCUUUGAAAGCCGUAGAUGAAUAUGGUGUCUAUUCCAGUGGAUCCAGAUCUCAAAUUGGUACAACCGAUUUACAUAGAUAUACUGAACAAUUAAUUGCUGAUUUUAUAGGUAAAGAAGAUUCAAUGAUCUUUUCCAUGGGUUACGGUACGAAUGCAAACUUCUUCAAUGCUUUCUUAGAUUCUAAAUGUCUUGUCAUUUCAGAUGAAUUGAACCAUACUUCAAUUAGAACAGGUGUUAGAUUAUCUGGUGCUGCUGUAAGAGCUUUCAAACAUGGUGAUAUGAAGGGCCUUGAAAAAUUAAUCAGAGAUCAAAUUGUCAUGGGUCAACCAAAGACAAAUCGUCCUUGGAAGAAGAUUUUAAUUUGUGUCGAAGGUUUAUUUUCUAUGGAAGGUACCAUGUGUGAUCUACCAAGAUUAGUCGAAUUGAAAAAAAAGUAUAAGUGUUACUUAUACGUCGAUGAAGCUCAUUCUAUUGGUGCUAUUGGUCCUACCGGUCGUGGUGUUUGUGAAUUAUUUGGUGUCAAUCCAAAGGAUGUUGAUAUUUUAAUGGGUACUUUAACCAAAUCAUUUGGUGCCGCUGGUGGCUAUAUCGCUGCCGACAAAUGGAUUAUUGAUAGAUUAAGAUUAGAUUUAAGUACACCAAGUUACGCUGAACCAUCUCCUGCCCCUGUUUUAGCUCAAAUUACAUCUUCUUUGGAAAUCAUCAUGGGAAAACUUAACCCAGGUGAAGGUACUGAAAGAUUACAACGUAUCGCCUUCAAUUCUCGUUACUUGCGUCUAGGCCUAAGAAGAUUAGGUUUCAUCGUCUAUGGUACCGCUGAUUCUCCCGUUAUUCCAAUGUUACUAUACUGCCCAUCCAAAAUGCCCGCUUUUUCAAGAAUGAUGUUACAAAGAAAGAUUGCCGUCGUUGUUGUCGCAUACCCUGCUACUCCAUUAAUUGAAUCAAGAGUCAGAUUCUGUAUGUCUGCAUCUUUAACGAAAGAAGAUAUUGAUUAUUUAUUACGCCAUGUUAAUGAAGUUGGAGAAAAAUUAAAUUUGAAGUUAAAUACUGGAAAAUCAAGUUGGGAUGGUAAAGUUCAAAGAUGGGACAUUGAGGAUGUUAUUAAGAAGACACCUGAAGAUUGUAAGCAUGACAAAUAUUUUGUCGAUUAA